AGGAAACAACCCAUUCAGCUGCUCAUAGUGUAAACGAGAAGACGACCCUAGUUAAAUGGAGACGGUGGCGGAACGUUGUUCUGUUUCAAAUUAAUCCAGGGAAUCAAGGGUUUUUAAACCUCGCGUGCAGUCUAAAUGCGAUCAAUAGUAGCAGAUUAAAGAAGACAACAACCGAGAAGGCACUGGGCUUUUUAAAAAGAAAAAUAAUUGAGUUCAUUAGAAGUCUUGCUGUGAAAGACUGCGAAAGCAAGGGCGUGUUUGAAUCUCUCCGGGGGAGACUACCUCCUACUAGCUUGCUAGCAUAGCCAGCUUUCGCAUGUUGGUGCAUUGUGUUAAUUUUACCGUUUUAAUUUUUAAGUCCUUUUUGGAACUUGCUUGAAGAUGGGGUGUACUCUGAGCACCGACGACAAAGCGGCGCAGGAGCGCAGUAAAAUGAUCGACAGGAAUUUACGGGACGAUGGAGAGAAAGCCGCACGGGAGGUCAAGCUACUCUUGCUGGGUGCUGGGGAGUCUGGGAAGAGUACCAUUGUCAAACAGAUGAAGAUCAUCCAUGAGGCAGGCUACUCAGAGGAGGAGUGUAAGCAGUACAAGGCCGUGGUCUACAGCAACACCAUCCAGUCCAUCAUCGCCAUCAUCAGAGCCAUGGGGCGCCUCAAGAUCGACUUUGCUGACGCAGCGCGAGCCGACGACGCCCGGCAGCUGUUCGUCCUGGCGGGCUCAGCGGAGGAAGGCUUCAUGACUGGCGAGCUGGCGGGGGUGAUCCAGCGGCUCUGGAAGGACGGGGGGGUCCAGGCCUGCUUCGGACGCUCACGGGAGUAUCAGCUGAACGACUCUGCUGCAUACUACCUGAACGACCUGGACAGGAUUGCCCACGGCUCCUAUGUGCCCACUCAGCAGGAUGUGCUGCGCACCCGUGUCAAGACCACCGGCAUCGUGGAGACACACUUCACCUUCAAGGACCUGCACUUCAAGAUGUUUGACGUAGGAGGUCAGAGGUCAGAGAGGAAGAAGUGGAUCCAUUGCUUCGAGGGGGUGACUGCCAUCAUCUUCUGUGUUGCGCUGAGUGACUAUGACCUAGUGCUGGCCGAGGACGAGGAGAUGAACCGUAUGCAUGAGAGCAUGAAGCUCUUUGACUCCAUCUGCAACAACAAGUGGUUCACAGACACUUCCAUCAUCCUCUUCCUCAACAAGAAGGACCUGUUCGAGGAGAAGAUCAAGAAGAGUCCCCUCACCAUCUGCUACCCAGAGUAUGCCGGCUCCAACACGUACGAGGAGGCAGCAGCCUACAUCCAGUGUCAGUUUGAGGACCUGAACAAGCGAAAGGACACCAAGGAGAUCUACACCCACUUCACCUGCGCCACCGACACCAAGAACGUGCAGUUUGUCUUUGACGCUGUCACCGAUGUUAUCAUCAAGAACAACCUGAAGGACUGUGGCCUGUUCUAAGGGCUCUGGAUGUCUGGUGAGGUGUGUCCUCUGGUCAGAGGGUGAAGAGGACCUCUCGGAUACCUGAAAGUCACUUUUAACCUCCUUAUUAACUUAUGUUGAUCUCUAAAGGUUUAAAAAAAAUGCUGUGUAGAAAAACGUUGCUGUAAAAUAUUUGUACAACUGUCACUAUGGAUGAUAAUUUUUCACCAUUUAAAAAAAAAAAAAAAAAAAAAACAUUUUUUUUUUGUUUUUUUUUUUGACUUUUUAUAAAGGGGCCUUUGCAGUCUGAGAAGACACUUCUGUUUGUAGGUACUUGUGCCUUUGCAUGCUUUAGUUGCAGUGUUUGUUUUUGUCGGCUAACUUGUAUUAGAUGUACGUAGAUGUUGUCAUUGAACUCCCCUUUGCCACCACAUGUAGUUUCCAUGGUAAUGACAUCCCAGAGUAUAUAUAUAUAUAUUUUUUGUCUGUGGGACUGGAAAAGACCAAGUAAGACCAACUCUCUUUAUAGACCAACUCACUUUGAAUCUGAUUUACUGUGUGACUUAUGAGUGAGUAAAUGAGUAGGCGUGCA